AUGUCGGUCUUGUUAGAAACCACCGUCGGCGACAUUGUCAUUGACCUGCUCAUCGAUCACUCUCCCAAGCUGUGCGAAAACUUUUUGAAGCUCUGCAAAGUCAAAUACUACAACUUCUCUCCCAUCCACUCCGUCCAAAAGAACUUCUCCUUCCAGGCCGGCGAUCCUCUCGGGCCUCUCGCCAAACAAUCCGAUGGAGGCUGCUCAAUAUGGGGGCACCUGUCGGGCGAUCCGUCAAAGCGCACAUUCACAGCUCCCUUUCACCCCAAACUGAAGCAUCUAGAGCGAGGCACUGUGAGCAUGGCGACGGUUCCGCUGGCCUCGGACCCAGACACGCGGGUGGCGGCAUCCCAGUUCAUCAUCACCCUGGGCGAAGAGACGGAUUUCCUCGACAGCAAGGCCGCCAUUUUUGGCAAGGUUGUGGAGGGCUUUGACUCCUUGGAGAAGAUCAACGAGGCCAUGGUUGACGACAAGGGAUACCCGUUUGUCGAUAUCCGAAUCAAACACACAGUCAUCCUGGAUGACCCUUAUCCCGAUCCUCCAGGCCUGAGAGAACCCAGCUCUAGCCCUCCACCGUCAGACGAACAACUACGGACAGUGCGAAUCGCCAAUGAAGAAGAACUCCACGAGAACGAUGAUGUAGAUGAGGAAGAGCUGGAAAGGAGAAGGCGGGAGAGAGAUGCUAGGGCACAGGCUUUGACACUCGAGCUCAUGGGCGACCUCCCCUUUGCCGAGGUGAAGCCGCCGGAAAACGUCUUGUUUGUCUGCAAACUGAACCCCGUCACACAAGACGAAGACCUGGAGCUCAUCUUUGGCCGAUUUGGCAAGAUUCUGAGCUGCGAGGUGAUUCGAGACCAAAAGACGGGCGACAGCCUACAGUACGCUUUUAUCGAAUACGAAGACAAGGCAUCGUGUGAAGUGGCAUAUACCAAAAUGCAAGACGUCCUCAUCGACGACCGGCGAAUCCAUGUCGACUUUUCACAGAGCGUCAGCAAGCUCAGCGACGUGUGGAGGCAAGACACGAAUAACAAACGCAGGGCGAGGGUGCGAGGUGGAUGGGGCGGCGUGCAGGAACUCGAAAAGCGGCGGCAGUACCGAGAAGAGGAUGAGAGGAGCUCCGGGAAGAAUUACAACAUGGUGUACAGCAAGGAGGAGAUGAAGGGGAGACAUGACCGAGGCUCCAACGGCCGGAGAAACGAUGACGGACCUGACCGAGGAAACGAUGACGGGCCUGACCGAAGGAAUGAUGGUCGAUACGACCGUAGAAACGAUGAUCGACCUAAUAAGCGACCUUUAGAUCGAGACAAUGGGCGGCAGUACCGAAACCGGAGUCAAGGGAUGGCAAUCGUCACGAUAGGAGGGAUAGAGAUGGAGACAAACGCAGAGACAGGUGAUGACACCUUGGGGGCAAAUUAA